UCAGCUUCACCAAACAGAAACAUUUGGGGUCCUUCUACUUCACGUGUGCGCCUGCUGCUCUGCCAUCGUGAGAGGAAACCAUGCCGAAGUCAAAGAGAGACAAGAAAAUCUCAUUAACGAAGACAGCCAAGAAAGGACUGGAGUUAAAACAGAAAUUAAUUGAGGAGUUACGGAAAUGUGUGGACACCUACAGAAACCUGUUCAUAUUCUCUGUGGAAAAUAUGAGGAAUAACAAGCUGAAAGACAUCAGGACAGCAUGGAAACACAGCAGAUUCUUCUUUGGCAAAAAUAAAGUCAUGAUGGUCGCCUUAGGAAAAGGAGAGACAGACGAAUACAAAGACAAUUUGCACAAGGUCUGCAAGUAUCUACGAGGAGAAGUGGGCGUACUAUUCACAAAUAAAACAAAGGAUGAGGUACAAGAGUAUUUCAGUCACUUCAAAGAGAUGGAUUUUGCGCGGGCAGGGAACCAGGCACAGAUGGAUAUAACUCUGGAUGAGGGACCCCUGGAGCAGUUUCCUCACUCUAUGGAGCCCCAGUUGAGGCAGUUAGGACUCCCCACUGCUCUCAAGAAAGGAGUGGUAACACUGCUGAAGGACCAUGAAGUUUGUAAGGAGGGAGAUGUGCUAACUCCUGAGCAGGCUCGUAUUCUGAAACUCUUUGGUAUCGAGAUGGCAGAAUUUAAGGUGCAGAUCAAAUGUAUGUGGAACUCAGAAACAGGCGAGUUUCAGAACUUUGCUGGUGAGGAAGAGUCAAUGCAGGAGAAUGAAGACGAAGAAGAAGAUGAUGAUGAUGAUGCAGAAUAAAAUGUCUGCGUGGACAGGUCCUUCUUUGCCAGCCUGAGCACCAGAGUGACACUGAUGUUGAAUCCAUUCAUCCUAACUGCUUGUGCUGCCCCUGGACUCUGUAACCUCUCUCACCUGUCCUCCUUUCAGCCCCAAAACAUGAACUUCUGACCUGAAUUUUAAGCUUUGGACUGAAUUUUUGUUCAGAAAACACUGGUGACUGGAGUCAAGACUCCGUAAUCCUGUACAUGUAAUCAUCUUGAUGCCAUUUGUUUUGUCAAGAUUUGUCAACAUCAUGACAAAAAGUGUUGUAUUGCAGUACAAAAGCAGUAGUUUUGUAUUGUAUUCAAGUACUUUUCUGUUCAAACCCAAACCAAUUUGAUGCAUUUAUGUUUAAGAAAAACAUUUUGUUGAUGUGAGAACAUUUGUUUCCUUUUUAAUGUAACAGUUUAAUUAAGGCAGGCUCCAGAAAAGGUUGUUUCUCCCUGAAAAAAUAUCUUGUCAUCUUUACAUUUUAUACAUUAACAAUGAAGUGUUCUUACAAAUUAA